AUGGGGCCCAGCCGCAGAGAGGCAGAGAGACCAGAACUGAUGCUGGGGCAAGAGUGAGUGCUGGUCGGGACUCCAUAGGAGAGAAACGGAGAGAGCUGAAACAGGGAGAGAGCGUACGGGCAGAGGCGCAGACAGAAACCCAGAGUCAGAGAUGGCCAGAGACACAGAUACAACUUCAAAACUAGUUAAAAUUGGAGACUGAGGCAAGGAGAGGCGUAAUGACAGAGAGCUAAACAAGGAGAGAGACAAAGAUGGAUUUACAGGUGGAGAUGAAGAUGGAGUGGGGUAGAGACAGGGACAGGGCAGAGAGAUAAAACUCAGGGGAGAUAGAAUCAGAGAGAUGUCCAGGGAAUAGACCAAGGUCAGGGUCAAGGUGGCCGAAUGGGACAGAGCGUCAGAGACCUGAGCCCAAGGACAUGGGCAGAAAAAGGAAGGCUUGGAGAAAGCAGAGGUAGGAGGAUGUCAUUUCACACUGCUCAGACCCUAUAGGGUGGGUGAGCGCUCACAUGUACACACACGUGUGUGAACAUGCUGCAGGUGGGUGCAGAGUGAAGACCCUGGAGUACCCCUGGCCUCUGGUCCUCAUCUCUCUCGCCCAGUUCUCUACCCCAUCCCAACUCUCCAAGUGGUCUCUGCCCAGGGCCUGGAUCCCCCAUGCUGGGACUAGUUAGGGCUCUCUGGGAAGCCUGACCAAGGCAGGCAGGAUGUGGGGGUGGCUAGGGCUGGAGGGACAGGAAGGAAGUCUGAGCAGAGACAAUAGGUGGAAGGGGAGGAGGAACUGGGAAUGACCAGGAUUAGGAUGGCCAGCCUGUACCUCAGCUCUGGAAACCAGUGAGAGGGGGAUCUGCACCUCCUCCCUCCUCCUAUGCCACAGCUGCCCCUGUUCCCACCUUAUGCCACAGCGGGAUCAGGCCACAUCAUGGGCCCCCUCCUCCCCACCAUCCCCCUCCCUCUGCCCCUACAGGGUUCCAGCAUCUUGUCAUAUGCUUACUUAGUUGAGUGUGCAGUAAUGCAGAGGCAGAGCUUUGACCUAGACCCAGGGUGGGCAGGAGCUUGGGGGCCAACACUACCACUGACUUGCUGUGAGCCUGGGGCAAGCCUCUUCUCCUCUCUGGGCCUCAGUUUCCUCAUCUGCAAAUGAAGGGAUUCUCCUCUAAUGAGAAAGCCCUUUCUGAUGUUCUGGGAUGGCUCUGCCUCCAGAUAGCAGGCCUCUGGUCAUUUUUCUUUGGAGGAAGACUGGAGUCUGGUACCCCCUUUUCAGGCCUCAGACUUUGGGACAGGGAGGGGGAAUCUCAGCCUGAGCCCUCCCUUCACCUACCCCCUCCCCCCAGCAAUGGACUGAGCCCCCAUGGCUGCCCCUCAGGACCUGGACAUCGCUGUGUGGCUGGCCACGGUGCACCUGGAGCAGUAUGCAGACACGUUCCGGCAGCAUGGCCUGGCUACAGCAGGUGCAGCCCGGGGCCUGGGCCAUGAGGAGCUGAGGCAGUUGGGUAUCAGCGCCACAGGGCACCGGAAACGCAUUCUGCGGCUGCUGCAGGCGGGCGCUGCAGAGGGCGCCCCGGAUCCCCAACCGGAUAGUGCCAUGGAGCCAUCCCCCAGCUCAGCCCCCCAAGCCCAGCCCCCCAAGCCUGUGCCUAAGCCCAGGACGGUAUUUGGUGGGCUCAGUGGGCCCACCGCCACCCAGAGGCCUGGGUUGAGCCCAGCCCUCGGGAGACCAGAAGUGUCCAGGAGCCCAGAAUCCAGCCCAAGGUCCCCUCCUCUCCCCACCUCCUCCUCUGAGCAGCCUUCAGCCUUGAAUACUGUGGAGAUGAUGCCCAACGCCAUCUACUUUGGCCUGGACGUAAGAGGCAGGGCACAGACAGCUCAGGACAUGGCCCCAGCCAGCUCCCAGACAGCUGCCCCCACCCCUGCCCUCAGGCCCACAACAGGCACAGUGCACAUCAUGGAUCCUGGUUGCCUGUACUACGGUGUCCAGCCUGUGGGGGUCCCAGGGACCUCUGACAGAAGAGAAGGCAGAGGUGUCUGUCAGGACAGGGCUGAACACAGGCUCAGCAGGCAAGAUCUAGAGGCACGGGAAGACACUGGCUAUGCCAGCCUUGAGCUGCCCGGGGACUCCACCCUCUCGCUGCCCACCCUGGACACAGAGGAGACCAGUGAUGACCUCAUUUCACCCUAUGCCAGCUUCUCCUCCACGGCAGACCGCCCCAUGCCCCUGCUCAGUGGAUGGCUAGACAAGCUCUCCCCUCAGGGAAACUACGUCUUCCAGAGGCGCUUUGUGCAGUUCAACGGAAGGAGUCUGAUGUACUUUGGCAGUGAUAAGGACCCCUUCCCCAAGGGUGUGAUCCCUCUGACUGCCAUUGAGAUGACCCGUGGCAGCAAGGACAACAAGUUCCAGGUCAUCACCGGCCAGAGGGUGUUUGUGUUCCGCACAGAGAGCGAGGCUCAGCGGGACACGUGGUGCUCCACACUACAAUCCUGCCUGAAGGAGCAGCGCCUCCUGGGCCACCCCCGGCCCCCACAGCCGCCCCGACCCCUCCGCACGGGCAUGCUGGAGCUGCGCGGACACAAGGCCAAGGUGUUUGCCGCCUUGAGCCCUGGCGAGCUGGCGCUGUACAAGAGUGAGCAGGCCUUCUCUCUGGGCAUUGGGAUCUGCUUCAUUGAACUGCAAGGCUGCAGUGUCCGGGAGACCAAGAGUCGCAGCUUCGACCUGCUCACACCUCAUCGCUGCUUCAGCUUCACGGCCGAGUCUGUGGGGGCUCGGCAGAGCUGGGCGGCCGCUCUGCAGGAAGCAGUAACCGAGACCCUGUCUGACUACGAGGUGGCUGAGAAGAUCUGGUCCAAUCGGGCAAACCGGCACUGUGCGGACUGUGGGGCCUCCCGCCCAGACUGGGCUGCUGUCAACCUGGGGGUGGUCAUCUGCAAGCAGUGUGCAGGUCAGCACCGGGCCCUGGGUUCCGGCAUCUCCAAGGUGCAGAGUCUGAAGCUGGACACAAGUGUCUGGAGUAAUGAGAUAGUGCAGUUGUUCAUUGUCCUGGGAAAUGAUCGUGCCAACCGCUUCUGGGCAGGGGCACUACCCCCAGGUGAGGGGCUGCAUCCAGAUACAACCCCUGGCCCCCGGGGAGAGUUCAUCUCCCGGAAGUACCGGCUGGGUCUCUUCCGGAAGCCCCACCCUCAGUAUCCAGAUCAUAGCCAGCUUCUCCAGGCGCUGUGUGCCGCUGUGGCAGGACCCAACCUGCUGAAGAACAUGACCCAGCUCCUCUGUGUCGAGGGCGAGGAGCCCUGGUCUCCCUCAGCCCUCGAUGGCAGCUUCCCUGGUCUCCUGCCCCCAGACCCCUCCCCUGGUGUGUACAAUGAGGUGGUGGUGCCUGCUACUUAUAGCAGCUUCCUGUACUGUGGUCCCAUCAGCAACAAAGCUGGACCCCCACCCCCUCGCAGGGGCCGGGAUGCUCCCCACCGAAUGUGGUGUGUGCUGGGAGCGGCUCUGGAAAUGUUUGCGUCAGAAAGCAGCCCUGAACCCCUCAGCCUCAUCCAGCCCCAGGAUGUUGUCUGUUUGGGUGUGAGCCCCCCACCCACUGACCCAGGUGACCUCGAGAGGUUCCCCUUUUCGUUUGAGCUCAUCCUGACUGGAGGGAGGAUCCAGCAUUUUGGCACCGAUGGAGCUGAUAGUCUGGAGGCCUGGACCAGUGCCGUGGGCAAGUGGUUCUCCCCGCUGAGCUGUCACCAGCUGUUAGGCCCUGGGCUGCUGCGGCUGGGCCGUCUGUGGCUGCGGUCCCCCUCUCAUACAGCCCUGGCCCCUGGCCUCUGGCUGUCAGGGUUUGGACUUCUUCGUGGUGACCACCUCUUCCUGUGUCCAGCACCGGGUCCUGGCCCCCCAGCCCCUGAGGACAUGGUGCAUCUGCGCCGGCUACAGGAGAUCAGUGUGGUCUCCGCAGCUGAUACCCCAGACAAGAAGGAGCAUUUGGUCCUGGUGGAGACAGGAAGGACCCUGUAUCUGCAGGGGGAGGGCCGGCUGGACUUCUCAGCAUGGAGUGCAGCCAUUGGAGGGGCAGCCGGCGGGGGCGGCACAGGGCUGCAGGAGCAGCAGAUGAGCCGGGGUGACAUCCCCAUCAUCGUUGAUGCCUGCAUCAGUUUUGUCACCCAGCAUGGGCUCCGGCUGGAGGGCGUAUACCGGAAAGGGGGCGCCCGUGCCCGCAGCCUGCGGCUCCUGGCGGACUUCCGGCGGGAUGCCCGGUCAGUGAAGCUCCGACCAGGAGAGCACUUUGUGGAGGAUGUCACUGACACUCUCAAACGCUUCUUUCGAGAGCUUGAUGACCCUGUGACCUCUGCGCGGUUGCUGCCUCGCUGGAGAGAGGCUGCCGAGCUGCCCCAGAAAAAUCAGAGGCUGGAGAAAUACAAAGAAGUGAUCGGCUGCCUGCCCAGGGUCAACCGUCGCACACUGGCCACCCUCAUUGGGCAUCUCUAUCGGGUGCAGAAGUGUGCGGCUCUAAACCAGAUGUGCACGAAGAACCUGGCUUUGCUGUUUGCACCUAGCGUGUUCCAGACAGAUGGGCGGGGGGAGCACGAGGUGCGAGUGCUGCAGGAACUCAUCGAUGGCUACGUCUCUGUCUUUGAUAUCGACUCUGACCAGGUAGCUCAGAUUGAUUUGGAGGUCAGUCUUAUCACCACCUGGAAGGAUGUGCAGCUGUCCCAGGCUGGAGACCUCAUCAUGGAGGUUUAUAUAGAGCAACAGCUCCCAGACAACUGUGUCACUCUGAAGGUGUCCCCAACACUGACGGCCGAAGAGCUGACUAACCAGGUACUGGAGAUGCGGGGGACAGCAGCUGGGACGGACUUGUGGGUGACGUUUGAGAUUCUUGAGCAUGGGGAGCUUGAGCGGCCACUGCACCCCAAGGAAAGGGUCCUAGAGCAGGCCCUACAAUGGUGCCAGCUCCCAGAGCCCUGCUCAGCUUCCCUGCUCUUGAGAAAAGUCCCCCUGGCCCAGGCCGGCUGCCUCUUCACAGGUAUCCGGCGGGAGAGCCCGCGGGUAGGGCUGUUGCGGUGUCGGGAGGAGCCACCUCGCUUGCUGGGAAACCGCUUCCAGGAGAGGUUCUUUCUGUUGCGUGGCCGCUGCCUGCUGCUGCUCAAGGAGAAGAAGAGCUCUAAACCAGAACGGGAAUGGCCUUUGGAAGGUGCCAAGGUCUACCUGGGAAUCCGCAAGAAGUUAAAGCCUCCAACGCCGUGGGGCUUCACGUUGAUACUGGAGAAGAUGCACCUCCGUGACCCCUCCCCUCCUACUAAUUCCUCUCUGAUCACCCCCAGCUACCUGUCCUGCACUGAUGAGGAUGAGAUGUGGGACUGGACCACCAGCAUCCUCAAAGCCCAGCAUGACGACCAGCAGCCAGUGGUCUUACGACGCCGUUCCUCCUCUGACCUUGCCCGUCAGAAGUUUGGCACCAUGCCUUUGCUGCCCAUCCGUGGGGAUGACAGUGGGGCCACCCUCCUCUCUGCCAAUCAGACCCUGCGGCGACUUCACAAUCGGAGGACCCUGUCCAUGUUCUUUCCGAUGAAGUCAUCCCAGGGGUCGGUGGAGGAGCAAGAGGAACUGGAGGAGCCUGUGUAUGAAGAGCCAGUGUACGAGGAAGUGGGGGCCUUCCCCGAGCUGACCGAGGACACCUCCACCUCCUUUUCCACCACGUGGGAGCGGACAGCCAAGUCAGAGACCUCCCUCGCCAGCCAGAGGUCCUUUGAUCAACUCCUUCUCUCCAAGCCAGGCACCCUGGGCCAGGAGGAGAGGCCACCUGAGCCUCCUCCGGGCCCCCCUUCAAAAGGCAGCCCCCAGGCACAUGGGUCCCUGGAGGAGCAGCUGCUCCAGGAGCUCAGUAGCCUCAUCCUGAGGAAGGGAGAAACCACCAUAGGCGCGGGCAGCCCCUCCCAGCCCUCUAGCCCCCAGCCCCUGAGCUCCAGCGACCUUCCAACACAGACACCUGGCUUCCCCAGCCAACCUCCCUGCACUUCUAGUCCACCCUCCAGCCAGCCCCUCACAUGACCCUGGGACCACAGUCUGAGGGAGUAGGUUACCAAAAGACUCUCAUCAUGGCAGACAUUGCUGGGAGCUUCUUCUGCUCUGGCUGAAAAGACUCUAGAAUCCAGUGUGGUACUGUGGAAGGAGCACAGGACUGAGGGCUCUGGAGGCUGUGUCCUGCCCAGGGAGUGAGCCUCCACUCACUUAUCUGUGCCAUGAGGUAACUAAAAUAAGAAGAACAGUGAAGGUCAAACUGUCUCUGAGAGCUGUAAGCCCCACGUAUUUUCCCUCACAAGGGCAACUCUUGCUUUAUAUAUUUGAUAGGUAGGGGUUCUGUGAGAGAGUUGGGGUUUUAAAAGAAUGGUUUUACUGCAUUAAAGAAAAAAAAGAUUUGGAAGCCUGAGAUCUGAAUGACUCUAAGUCUAUCCUACCCCACCUCCUAUAUUCAGAGACUACACUGGAGUCCUAGAGGGGGGAGGCUGACUGGGGUUGGGAGCUGAGGCAAAGAGGAGCCAAAAGGAUGGGUCAUUGUUAAUAAAUCGUAGAACCAAAA